UAGGCGAGGCCGGGGAGCCGCGCGGUCCGGGAACUUUCCCCGGGGUCGGCGGAGGCUCGGCCGGGCCAUGGAGGAGGGGGCUAGCGCCGCGCCCCCGCUCUGGAACUGGGACUACCUGGAGCGCUGCUUCGCCCGCCGCCGCGUCUGCAUCUCCUUCGGCCUGUGGAUCUGCGCCGCCUGCUGCUGGAUCGCUGCCCACACGCUGAUUCUCUAUCUGAGAUGCACAAAGAAGUGUGGCCAAGACCAGUCAGCCCUGUGUGCUGCGUUCUGCCUCCUGACGAGUCUGUGUGACACUGUGGGAGCGGUUCUGGCCAGGCAGCUCACGAUCCAGGUCUUCACUGGGGCCUACCUAGCAGUUGUCGACUUCAUGAACUUCAUGUUUACACUUUUUCCUGUCUGUGCAUCGAAAUCCAAGUCAAAGUCCGGUCAGAGCAGCAGGGAGAGGAGGAGAAGGCAUCUUAGAGCCAGUGUGUUUGCUCUGGCUCUGCCGCUGAGCCUGGGUCCAGGCUGGGCCGUCUGGGUUGCCAUCCCCAAGGCUUCAGCCCCAGUCCGGGGGCCACAGCGGAGGCUGCUGGGAAGCCUUCUGCAGGAAAACCCGGAAGUCUUCGGCUACCUGCUGGGCACCAUCGCUGCCUUUGGCUCCUGGGCAUCCCGGAUCCCCCUAUUCUCCAAUAUCUGUCGGGGGAAGUCACUCUCCUAUAUCCACCUGUGGACCCGGUUCCUGUCAGCUCUGGCUGGCCUCCUCUACGCCUCGGCCAUUGUAGCCCACGACCAGCAGCCUGAAUACCUCCUUCAGGCUACGCCCUGGUUCCUGAUUUCCCUGGGCCGAGCUGCACUGGACCUUGCUAUCAUCCUUCUGUCCUGCGUGAUAAAGAGCAGAAUGAGAGGAGCCUUCAGAUUUGCUACUGCGGAAGCCAGAGAGAGUGCCGACACGCAAGCCCUUUUAACCUGUGCAGAGAAGGAAGAAGAAAACCAGGAGGCCAGGACUGAGGACAAGAACUCAGAUUGGGUGCCUCUGACCAGCCUGUCGCACUGCAAGCCCCUGAGGACGAUGACAGCCGUCAGUCGUUACAUGGAGCUGACCAUUGAGCCCGCACAGCAGGCAGGCUGCAGUGCCACCAGGCUGCCCGGUGACGGACAGACGACCACUGGAGAUGCCUGCUCGCAGGAGCCUCCCUCCUACCCCCCCAUCCAGGUCAUCCAGGCCAGAGUGUCCUCCAGCAGCUCCUCCGAGGUCUCCUCCAUCAACUCCGACCUGGAGCAGAAGUAUUGGGAAGCCCUAAACUCGGAGCAGUGGGACCCUGAAGACGUCAACCUUGAAAGGAAAAAGGACACAGAAGUCCUUAGAUCCCAGGUACACAGGGCCUCUUUGAGCCCAGUGGACUUGACCUCUGAUGACUAACAUCCUCAGUUCAUCAGCUCGCAACUCAAAGUCAGGCAUCUGUCAGUGACUAGACAGGGAUCCACCUGUGAGGCCACCGGCGUCAGGGAUGGAAGGAAGCCGCUACAGAAGCUUCGCAGGGACUGAGGGACCCUGAGCUGUCUCGGCCUUGGCUACUCUGCACCACAGCUCAGAAUGGAGCCGUGGGUCCCGUGGACUGAUCUGUGCAUGCCCAUGGACCCCCGCGGACUGAUCUGCGCAUGCCCGAAGAAUUAGCUUUCUUCCGAAUGACACAGGAUCUAUUCCCACGAGAUUCAAGCGUAAAUACUGUUUGCUUAAUAACAGAACCGAACUCGCUAAGAGCUACUAUUCGGAUCUCAGCAGAAUGCACUCUUCAAGACUCAACUAAGCCCAGGUGAGAGAGAGUGCACCAGCGAGGAGGCCUGGGCCUAUGUAUAGGAAGUGGCUUCUGCCUUCCAGUCAACUGAUCUUUGGCAGGAUCUGCUCCGGAGUAGCAGGACUCCCUCCAGCCUGGCAAAGUGUGCGCUGAGGCCAGGCGACAGGUCUCAUGUGCUUCAGCCGGUAGCAGAAAGCCGUGCUUUGCAUACGGGCACAAUGUGAAGGGAACUUCCAAACUCAGCAAGGCUAUUGGAGGAUGAUUUUAAUAACGUGACCUUGAGUGAAGAAAGAGUAAAGGGAAUGGGGCCAGACAGGGGCAAGCCCUGGGGUGAAUAAAUUUCGGUUGAA